AUGAUGCGUAAUGAGCUUGUGAGCAACGAAGAAGCUGAGCAAAACACCCCUAACAAGAAUUCUCGUGUAAGCGAUUCUGUACCGUCACCAACGCCCGUGGCCUCCGCAUUUCAGGCAGUUGUGCUCGACCAACUCGCAAAGAUACAAGAACAAAAUGAGUUUCUCAAGACUCGCGUUGUUCAGCUGGAGCAGGAGCAAGAGGACUUUUACAUCGAAACAUGCAAAAAACUGGAGAUGGGACUAAAGCAGUUUGAGAAAUGUGCCACUGAUGUUGGAGCGCUUAAAGAGAUAUUUAAGGAAGUGGUUGGGGUCAUGAGCGAAAAAAGAGUUCUAUCCUGGGAUCACUCCAACGAGCAUGUCACUGGUCAAGAAGCGGAAGACCUUGUUGGCUCGCAUCUGCUGCAUGAGAACCACGAAGCAUACCGUCAGCAGCGGGACAAUGAGCACCGUCUUGAGGCGGCGCAUGCAGGUGGGGGGACCGGGUGGUGCAAAACGGAGGAGAGCGAUAUGUGGACAAGGCUCAACUAUCAGGACUUUGAGCCGCCUUCGUCCCUUGUUGAACGCUCCCAAAGUGUCUCUGAUGCAUACAAAGAUGAUCGCAGCCGAUAUCCAUGCUACAAGCUGAACCGGUCACUUCGAACAGUCUACGAAGUUGCCCAAGAGUACUUCGCUGGACUUCGUGGUCAGCCUUCUCUUCUAGCUCUUGAACGGCGGUUCGGUCCCAGCUGGAGACGCAAGCCAUCAGAGCGCACAUUUUACGCGAAAAGGAUGCAUAUCAUUAACAAAAUUAUCGACAUAAAGAACCAUCCUGAGAAGUACAAUCUGCCAGCUGGUACUACACGACUCCAAGCUACAAGCGUAGUGGAGAACAUACGACUCAAAAACAAUUCGUUUCCUGGCAAAGGCCGAGAACUGAGUCUCAACCAGCUAUACAUUUACUUCGCCAAAAAGAUGGACCGUCCCAGCGAUUAUAGUCUGACGUUGCAAACGGCACCCAGACGACACGUAGAAGGGCGUUCUAGCGACGUCCGACAUCAGCAAAGCACACCUUUAAGCAACGGAAGCGGCGAGGAAGAUUCAGAGGACCCAAAUGUAGAUUCUCACCACGAAGGCUCUGAUCAAGAAGCGUAA